CAAUGAAACAUACUGUAGCACCGCAGAGCUGUUAAAAACCCACUGGCUUCUGAUUGUGGAGCCACAAGAAUGUCCGAGAUGGCGGUCAACUACACGGGGACUUGGGACAUGGUCAGCAAUGUCAACUUUGAGGGAUACAUGAUUGCUCUUGGCAUAGAUUUUGCAACUCGCAAAGUGGCGGCCUUGCUGAAGCCUCAGAAAGUGAUCAAGCAAGAGGGCAAUCACUUCAACAUUCGAACCCUCAGCACCUUCAGGAACUAUGAAAUUGCAUUUAAGGUCGGGGUGGAGUACAAAGAUGAGACUAAGGGAAUGGAUAACCGCAUAUGCCAGAGUGUGGUCAACUGGGAAAAUGACAAGCUGGUGUGUGUUCAGCGUGGAGAAAAAAGGAACAGAGGCUGGACUCAUUGGAUUCAGGAAAAUGAACUUCAUUUGGAACUUACCUGUGAAGAUCAAGUCUGCAAGCAAGUUUACAAAAGGGCACUCUGAGUUUUACAUCUGAAACGUAUUGCAUCCAAUUAAAAUUGCCAUCAGUUAGUUUUC